UAAAAACUAAUCCAGUCCAAAGCAAAAGCAGCACCAGAUUUGCGUAAAACCCACUUGAAUGCUUCACCUUCCUCAAGCUCUCUUUCUUUCUUUCUUUCUUUCUUUCUCCAUAACUUGAAUUCUAAGCCUCAUCCCUUUAAUGAUCACAAUUUAUUCUUCAUUUUUUCCAAUCAUACGAUUACUUGGGAAAUUGAAGAAGAGAGACAUAUAAACCCACUCUCAUCACCUUUCCAUGUCCGAAUCAUUCAGCUGCUUACUAUAACCUUUUUCCUGCGGGUUUGGUUAACGUUGUCCUACGUCCUCUCACUUCCACUGUUUCUUUGUCUGAAAUGGGACGCCAUUCCUGUUGUCUCAAGCAAAAGUUAAGGAAAGGUUUAUGGUCUCCUGAAGAAGAUGAGAAAUUGUUUAAUUACAUAACAAGAUUUGGGGUUGGUUGCUGGAGUUCAGUGCCUAAGCUCGCUGGUUUGCAGAGAUGUGGAAAAAGUUGUCGAUUGAGAUGGAUAAACUACUUGAGACCAGACCUUAAGAGAGGAAUGUUUUCACAACAAGAGGAGGAUCUCAUAAUUAGACUUCAUGAAUUUCUGGGCAACAGGUGGGCUCAAAUUGCAGCACAGUUACCAGGAAGAACAGAUAAUGAGAUUAAGAACUUCUGGAACUCCUGUUUGAAGAAGAAACUAAUGAAGCAAGGCAUUGACCCUACCACCCACAAGCCGCUAAGCAAGGUUGAAGUGAAAGAAGAAAACAAGUGUACAGAUAAGGUAGUGUUACAGACACCACAGUCUAAAGGGCUGUCUAGUACUGUAUCAUCCUUCGCAGCACAUGGGCCAACAUUUCUUGUCAGUGAUUCUAGUAACUACUAUGGCAGUGGAUUGACAGAAGCUUCAAGAGAGCUGUUUAUUAACAAGCAAGUCUAUGAUCCUUUGACUUACAUUGAUUUGCAGGCGGAGAUUGAUCAUCCAAGUGAGUAUAAUUCCAAUUUUGUACCACAAUUUCACCCAAGUGUCAGGUCAUUUGAUCAGAACCGUUUUGAGAUAAAUUCCAGUUUCACCUUCACUUCAAUGCCAAGUUUAACUAAUUUUGAUCAGGGAAACAUGUCCAGAACAGACUUUUCUGAUAUUUCAGCUUCGAGAAUAAGUACUUCUUUCCUCUUGAAUGAGGCAAAGGAAAGUUCUAGCAACAGCUCAAAUAUCAGCAGUUACACAGAGUUCCAAAUGAACAAAAUGGUGGAAAAUAGAGCUUUCUCGUGGGAUACUGGGAGCACGUUGGACUCCAUGUUUCAAUUUCAGGUCAAUGGGAUCAAGCCUGAGGAAUUGAAACCAAGUUCAUGGCAAGAAGAGCAGCUUCACAACCACAAUUCGGUAAAUAUCAGUAGCUAUCCAUUAACGUUGCUCUCAGAAGAUCUAACACGAGCAAAUUUUGAUGUCUUCCAGCAGAUAUGAACAGAACUGUAAAUUCAUUUUUUUUUCACCUCUUUAAACCAGUUCACACAUAUGUUGAUCGUAAAGGACGACUUCGACUGAAAACGUUUGGGAUGAGUGCUUAGCCUUUUUUUAUUUUUUAAAUUUUCCUUUGGGUAUUUUUUAAUAACCAGAUAAAUGAUUUGGCUGUUCUCUCUCCAUCGGGAGAAUUUUUAAUCUGUAUUCUUAUUCUAUUGUUCAUGAUUCUUUUCCCUUUUUCCUCCUGUAUUUGAUUUGAGAACAACAGUUGAAAUAAUGUUCUUACUUCUUACAUUCACCAAAGAAGAGUGAAAACUAAUUAAUUUUAGCUUUGUGGUCCUAAGCGUUCCAUGGUGUCUAAACUCUAACUAAUUAUCAUUAUUAUUUGCAGUUAUGGCGCUAUUUUCAUGCCUGUCUUUUUCUUGCUUAA